GAGGACGAAAAAUCACAACAUGUGAUGUACGUGGACGACCCCGGGAGACUCGGCAGUGGAGGCACUUAAGACAACGAUCUGUUAACCCAAACAUGUGUCAUGGUUGGCUGCAUGCUCUCACACCCACUCGCCUCCAAGGAGGGUUUAAUCCCUCAGUGCACACACACACACACACACACUCAGGACGCUGAGCAGGACUUUGGCUUCUUUCUCUCUGCAGAAAACUCCCCACCAAACAGCAUCUCCUGUGUUUAGCCAGAAGGACCCACUAUGUCCCUUCUCACCCACCUGUUGGCGUGUCUGUUCGGGAUGGGCUCCUGGGUCUCCAUCAACGGCCUGUGGGUGGAGCUGCCUCUGGUCGUCCCUCAGAUCCCAGAGGGCUGGUUCCUGCCCUCGUACCUCUCCGUCAUCAUCCAGAUGGCCAACGUCGGGCCGCUCUUCGUCACCCUGAUGCAUCGCUUCCGUCCGGGCGCCCUCAACGAGACGGCCAUCAUAUACGUGAUCAUCGGCCUGGGGACCGUGGCCACCUUCCUGCUGGGCUUCUUCUGGAAGGAGACGGUGGUGGUGGCGGGCGCCCAUCGCAGCGUGGCGCUCCUCGUUCUGACUUUCUUCCUCGCUGUCGUUGACUGCACCUCCUCCGUCACCUUCCUGCCCUUCAUGAUGCGCCUCAAGCCUCAGUACCUGACCACCUACUUCAUCGGGGAGGGGGUGAGCGGCCUGCUGCCGGCUCUGGUGGCUCUGAUCCAGGGCGUCGGGGUCGUCCACUGUAUAAACAGCACAGAGUCUCUGAACUACACCCUCAACUCCUCCUACAUCGCACCAACCUACGACCUCCAGGCGCACUAUCAGCCCGCAAACUUCUCCACUGAGGUGUUUUUCUUCUUCCUCAGCGCCAUGAUGCUGGUGUGUCUCGUGGCCUUCCUGCUGCUGAACUACCACCCGUCCGUGUCCAGGGAUCCCACCACCAGCAGCAGGUACGCCAACGGGACGAAACAGGAAGCUCAGACAACCAGGACGUGGGCCGAGCAGAAGCCCAUGAUGGACCCGUACAGGCCCGCAGGCCAGGAGCCCAAGAGCAGCUUCGGCAGCGGCUCCUACAGCUGGAUGCAGGUGUUGUACAUCUUCGUGAUUCUGGGCUGGGUGAACGCGCUGAGCAACGUGGUCCUCCCCUCGGUGCAGUCCUACUCCUGCAUGCCGUACGGGAACAACGCCUACCACUUAGCGGCAACUCUGGCCGCCCUGUCCAACCCUCUGGCCUGCUUCAUCGCCAUGUUCCUCUCAGUCAGAUCCCUGCUGCUGAUGGGAGCUCUGACUGUGCUGGGUAGUGGAGUUGGAGCCUACAUCAUGAGCAUGGCGGUGCUGAGUCCAUGUCCACUGCUGGUUAAUGACUCCUCAGGAGGUGUUGUCAUUGUGUUGGCCUGGGUCCUGUUCAUUCUCACUCUGUCCUAUGUGAAGGUGAUCAUCGGGGUCAUCCUGCGUGACGAGGGCUACAGCGCCCUCGUGUGGUGCGGAGCUGUGGUGCAGCUGGGCUCCCUGCUGGGGGCCGUGACCAUGUUCCCUCUGGUCAGUGUGUACGGCCUCUUCACAUCAGGAGACCCCUGCAACACAAAAUGUCCCUGAAUGAAGAAGAAGACUCUCUAUAUUAACCAGAAAGAAUAUUAUUAUGUCAGCAUCGGUUUGAGGCCAUUUUUAUUUAUGUCACUUUCAAAUCCAGUUCAUAUUUACCUUUUAUAAAUCCACCCUGACAUCAAGAUGCACGCUCAGAUUGUUAUUAUUAUUAUUUUUUCUUGAGGAGAUACAAGGCUUCAAGAACAAAAGUUGACACAAUGAAGCAGGUGACAGAUUCACAGCGCCACCAAUAAAACAAUUAAAUUGUUUUGUAAGUAAAGAUGUUCAUUUAAAAAAAAAAAAAAAAAAGAAGAAGAAGCAUGUUGAUAUUUUAUUUCACUUUAUUAAAACUUUCAGGAGUUACUGUGUUAAAAGUAUCUUUGUGUGUAUAGAUGCACUGACUAGAAACAUUAUGUGUAAUAUGUUGUAAUCAUUCUGCACUGUUUUUAUUUACAUGUGUUUUAAUCAUGUGUGUAUAGUAUGAUAGUAUCUCACACAUAAAGAUGUACAACAUUAA